GCACGCUGAUCAGUGGCAAGCACAGCUCUCGUGUGAGCACGCAGGAUAGCUAGAUCAAAUAAGAAGCAUCGAGGUGCGCAGCCAUGGAUGUGGUCCUGGACUGGCGCUCGCUGGGCUCCCUGAUCGCGACGGUCGUGGUGUUUCGCACGGCCGUGCGGGACUUCCUGCCGCCGCAGGCCGAGAUGUACCUGCGCCGCUUCCUCGCGUGGGUCGCCGCCGCGUUCCGGGAGCCCAAGGGCACCAUCCUCAUCGACGAGGCCGAUGGCACCAGCGGCGGCCCCAACGACCUUUACGACGCCGCGCAGCUCUACCUCGGCACGCGCUGCCUCGCCACGGCCCCCACCGUGCGCCUCUAUAAGCCGCUCCAGGCGCAACGCCCCGUCGCCUCGCUCCCGGACUCCCACGACACGCACGACACCUUCCGCGGCGUCCGCGUCAGGUGGACCUCCACCGCGCGCACCGUCGAGCGCGGCGGCGGGUUCAGCCCGUUGGACCAGCGCAGCCUCGAGCUCCAGUUCCCGCGGCAGCACCGCGACCUCAUCCACAGCCACUACAUCCCGCACCUCGUCGACGAGGCCACCAAGAUGCGGCUCAGGUCGCGGGAGCGCAGGCUCUACACCAACCGCGCCGCGGGCCCCUGCGACGACUACCACCGCCUCUGGACCUCGCACGCCUUCUCCCACCCCUCCACGUUCGACACGUUCGCCAUCGACCCGGCGCUCCGCGAGGAGAUUCGCGCCGACCUGCUGGGCUUCACCGCGAGCUGGGAGCGCUACGCCCGCGCCGGCCGCACGUGGAAGCGCGGCUACCUGCUCCACGGCCCGCCGGGCACCGGCAAGACCAGCCUCGUCGCCGCGAUCGCCAACCUCCUCGAGUUCGACGUCUACGACCUGGAGCUCACAACGGUGCCCACGAACUCCCACCUCCGCCGCCUGCUCGUGUCCACCACGCCCAAGUCGGUCGUCGUCGUCGAGGACAUCGACUGCUCCCUGGACCUCUCCGACCGCGACAACAACAGCAAGGGCGGCGGCACCGGCAUCGCCACCGAUGAAGAUGUGGCGGUGAUGGGGCGGGAAUCCAUAAGCCUCUCCGGGGUGCUCAACUUCGUGGACGGGCUGUGGUCGUCCUGCGUCGGCGAGCGCCUGAUGGUGUUCACGACCAACCACCCGGAGCGGCUCGACCCGGCGCUGCUCCGCGCAGGCCGCAUGGACCGCAAGAUCGAGCUCGGCUACUGCACACCCCCCGCGUUCCGCGUGCUCGCCAGGAACUACCUCGGUCUGGGCGACGAGGGCUGCCAAGACGCCGGCGAUGACCCCAACACUGUGAACAGCCUCAUGGCCGAGGCAGAGGACCUGCUCGCCGCCGCCGAGGUGCGAAUCACGCCCGCUGACGUCGCCGAAGUGUUCAUGGGCUGGGACGGCACGGGCGCCGCGGCUGCGCUAAAGAAGCUCGUGGACGAGCUGCGGCGGAGGCGGGAUGCGGCCCCAGCCACGCCGCCGGGCGCAUCGACAGCGGACACGGCCACCGAUAUCGUACGUCUCGCGCAACAGUGCAUGGCUGCUUAAUCAGCAUCUCGCCCCUUUCAGCUUAACUGUUUCUAUGCCUGUUUGCAAGCUGGUCUCCCCAGCAGUCUCUGUAAACAUUCUAGUAGUACUAUAUGCUUUCUAAAAAGCAGGGGUUACCUUCCUUAAAAAAAACGUAAGUGCUAGUGUUGUGUUA